ACCCCUGUCCUUUCCCGACUCCUCCCCCACCCCACUCUCCUCCUCUCCUCGCCUCUCCCCAUUGGAGCAGAGCCACAAGCCAUAGCCCCUAGGCCCGUCGCCUCGAGCCAUCUCCGGCGACAACCGUCCGCAUCUCGGGCGCCCGCCCCGUCCACCAUCCUCCCCCGCGCCGCAGCUUCCCGGAUUUCACGGCCGCCGCCGUACCGGACCUGCAACGCCGCCGCCGCCGCCGCCGCGUUCCCGGGGAGUCAAUUCGCUCCCUAACACGCCUUCAAUUUGCCUUGUUUUUCGAUUGAAUUGAAAUCAGUUAUUAUGCGCCCUCCGUGCUAGAAACGGAGUCGGAAUCCAUCCUCGACGGUUUCGUUCCGCUCCGCCGCCCCAUCCCCCUAUAUUUACUGCCUCUCCCCCUCACCUGACCCGCGCAGCCUCCAAUCCAAUCUGACCGCUGUGCCCUAGACCUGCCGCCGCUCGCGCCGUAGCUCAGCGUCGCCGCCGACGCCUCACCCCCCCAAUUCCACGCGUCGCGGCCAUCGCCGUCUCUGUUCGGCCUCGUCGUCGGUUAAACUCCACUGACCCUCCACCAAUUUCGGCCGGCACGACGUCUAGAUCCGCCGCUCAGGGAGGGUUUCCGAGGAUUGAGUCGUGGAGCCUGGCCCUCCAGCAGCCAGGCGUCGGUGAAGACAAGGAGUCGGUCUGCUUCUGCUGUCCUGGGGUAGUGCGACGUGUAGGCUCAGUUUGAUUGAUUCUACUGCUGUAAUAUACAUUUUUGGUGUUGUAUUGAACUCUACCUUGUAAAGCUGGUAUCCCCAGCAUUCCCCUUUGCUUUAUAUAAAGCUUGUACAAUCGACCUUUCGUUGAAAAAUAAAAUGAAUAAUAAUUUGGGAGCCUUGAUGGUGAAGAGCAAUACUGGUUAUCUUGGCGUCUCCGAGCCAAUCUCAUUAGGCGGGCCAACUGAGAAGGAUGUUGUGCAGACAGCCGAGGUCGAAAAGUUCCUUGCUGAUGCGGGCUUGUAUGAGAGUCAAGAGGAGGCUGUCUCGCGAGAAGAGGUCUUAGGCAAACUUGACCAGACUGUGAAAACUUGGAUUAAGAAGGCCACUAGGGUGAGCGGUUAUGGCGAGCAGUUCGUGCAAGAAGCAAAUGCUAAGAUCUUCACAUUUGGUUCAUACCGCCUUGGGGUGCACGGUCCUGGCGCAGAUAUUGACACGCUAUGUGUGGGUCCAAGACACGCAACUCGAAAUGACUACUUCUUCAGGUGUCUUCACGAUAUGCUAGCCGAGAUGCCAGAAGUUUCUGAAUUACACCCAGUACCAGAUGCUCAUGUGCCUGUUCUGGGGUUCAAACUUUGUGGGGUGUCUAUUGACCUUUUAUAUGCAAACCUUGCACAUGUGGUGAUUCCUGAUGAUCUUGAUCUUUCUCAGGACUCCAUACUGCACAAUGUUGAUGAACAGGCUGUUCGUAGUUUAAAUGGGUGUCGAGUUACUGAUCAAAUAUUACGAUUGGUCCCAAACAUUCCGAGUUUUCGCACAACCUUAAGGUUCAUGAGAUACUGGGGGAAGCGCCGUGGGGUGUACUCAAACGUUAUGGGAUUCUUGGGUGGCAUAAAUUGGGCAAUUCUUGUUGCUCGUAUAUGUCAAUUGUAUCCAAAUGCAUCGCCCAGCAUGUUGAUAUCUCGUUUUUUCAGAGUCUACAGCCAGUGGAAGUGGCCCAACCCUGUUACACUUUGCCAUAUUGAGGAGGGUCCUCUUGGCCUCCCUGUUUGGGAUCCAAGAAGAAACUUUAGAGACAGGGGCCAUCAGAUGCCUAUAAUUACACCCGCCUAUCCUUGUAUGAAUUCUAGUUAUAACGUAUCUACUAGUACUAGGUAUGUGAUGGUCCAAGAAUUCACACGAGGAUACGAGAUCUGCCAGGCAAUAGAUGAAAAUAGAGCAACCUGGGAUGAUUUAUUCGAGCCAUAUCCAUUUUUUGAAUUAUAUAAAAAUUAUUUGGAGGUUGGUAUCACAGCGAGAAAUGAAGAUGACCUCAGGAAUUGGAAAGGUUGGGUAGAGUCUCGCCUUCGGACGCUUGUAUUAAAGUUUGAACGAUAUACUCAUGAGAUGCUCCUUGCACAUCCGCAUCCCAGAGAUUUCUCAGAUGGAUCCAGGCCGCUGCAUAGUUUUUACUUCAUGGGUCUUUGGAGAAAACAAACUGCCCAACCUCAAGAAGCUGAGCAAUUUGACAUCAGAGGAAUCGUAAAUGAGUUUAAGAACGCAGUUCUUGCUUAUGCACAUCGGAGGGAAGGAAUGGAUAUUGAAGUGUCCCAUGUAAAAAGAAAAGAUAUCCCUUUGUUUGUUUUUCCUGGUGGAGUGCGCCCUCCUCGUUCUUCCAGAACAGUAGCUAGGAGCAGUCGCACUGUUUCUAGGAACGUUGUUACAGCUGAUGGUCAAGUUGGAAAUCAAUUGGGCGCUGAAAGUUGGAGUGAUCCUCAAUCUGCUCUAGAUCAUUCUGGUGGCUAUCAAAGUACUUCUUUGUUGGUCCCCAGUGUAUCAAGUAAAGAAACCCAAAGUAUUUUGAAUGGGCAUUCAAAUCUUCACACAGAAUCCCUUGAGCAUGAACAUCCAGGGCACUUUCUUGGAAGUACAUCUGCUCCUGCGAACAUUGCUGUGUUGGAUGUAGUUACACAACCUAACAGUAUGCCAUCUACUUCAAGCAAUGGUGCUCCAACAAAUGGGUUGGACAUUUGUUUCAAUAGCUUACACAGGGAAGCUGAGAGGAUUCCUGCAAAUAAUCCUGUGAAUUUCUCUCCAGCUGUGGUUGAUGAGCUUGAUGAGCUGGCAUCGUACCAAGCUAAGCCUGACGAUAAACAUGUGCUUCCUGUUCAUGGAACAUCUUUGGAAGGAUGUUCUGGAAGGACCGUGGGGCAAACAUGUAAUUUGAGUUCUCAUGGUAAUAAUCAUCUGAAGCGCAAGGCUGAGGAAGAGCUGGAGCCACUUGAGCUUGCUGGCCCGCCAGUUGGCGCUACUCGUGCAUCAACAUCAACUGUUCAAAGAAAGCCCCUCAGGCUUAGAUUGUCAACUGUGCCGCAGCCAAAACAAGCUAAAUGAAGCUCCCGAAUCCAACACCAGGCCAACGCGUCGUGAAGAUACUGAGGAUAGGACAAUUCCAGCGGAGAGCUUUCAAUUUUUCAUUCUAUUAUGUUCAAAAUGUAAACAUCCACUGUAGGCCAUUGUAGGCCAACUUUUGUGUGCUGCGGAAAAAGUACAAGAGAAAAUGUUGUAAUUUACGACCUUUUUAACCGCGGCA